CCCGCCCUGGCCCGGCACCUAGCCGAGCCCCGGGCCCAGCAUGGCCGCCCCGGAGCCGGCCCGGGCCGCGCCGCCCCCUCCCCCGCCCCCGCCGCCCCCUCUCGGGGCCGACCGCGUCGUCAAAGCCGUUCCUUUUCCCCCAACUCACCGGUUGACAUCUGAAGAAGUGUUUGAUAUGGAUGGGAUACCCAGGGUUGAUGUUCUGAAGAACCAUCUGGUAAAAGAAGGUCGGGUAGAUGAAGAAAUUGCACUAAGAAUUAUCAAUGAGGGUGCUGCCAUACUUAGGCGGGAGAAAACCAUGAUAGAAGUAGAAGCUCCAAUUACAGUGUGUGGUGACAUCCAUGGCCAAUUUUUUGAUCUGAUGAAACUUUUUGAAGUAGGAGGAUCACCUGCUAAUACACGAUACCUUUUUCUUGGUGAUUAUGUGGACAGAGGUUAUUUUAGUAUAGAGUGUGUCUUGUAUUUAUGGGUCUUGAAGAUUCUAUACCCAAGCACAUUAUUCCUUCUGAGAGGCAACCAUGAAUGCAGACACCUCACUGAGUAUUUUACCUUUAAGCAGGAAUGUAAAAUUAAAUAUUCAGAAAGGGUCUAUGAAGCUUGUAUGGAGGCUUUUGACAGCUUGCCCCUUGCUGCACUUCUAAACCAACAAUUUCUUUGUGUUCAUGGUGGACUUUCACCAGAGAUACACACACUGGAUGAUAUUAGGAGAUUAGAUAGAUUUAAAGAGCCACCUGCAUUUGGACCAAUGUGUGACUUGCUGUGGUCUGAUCCUUCUGAAGACUUUGGAAAUGAAAAAUCACAAGAACAUUUUAGUCAUAAUACGGUUCGAGGAUGUUCUUAUUUUUAUAACUAUCCAGCAGUGUGUGAAUUUUUGCAAAACAAUAAUUUGUUAUCGAUUAUUAGAGCUCAUGAAGCUCAAGAUGCAGGCUAUAGAAUGUACAGAAAAAGUCAAACUACAGGGUUUCCUUCAUUAAUAACAAUUUUUUCGGCACCUAAUUACUUAGAUGUCUACAAUAAUAAAGCUGCUGUACUAAAGUAUGAGAACAAUGUGAUGAACAUCCGCCAGUUUAACUGUUCUCCACAUCCUUACUGGUUGCCCAAUUUUAUGGAUGUCUUUACAUGGUCUUUACCAUUUGUUGGAGAAAAAGUCACAGAGAUGUUGGUAAAUGUUCUCAGUAUUUGCUCUGAUGAUGAACUAAUGACAGAAGGGGAAGACCAGUUUGAUGUAGGUUCAGCUGCAGCCCGGAAAGAAAUCAUAAGAAACAAGAUCCGAGCAAUUGGCAAGAUGGCAAGAGUCUUCUCUGUUCUCAGGGAGGAGAGUGAAAGCGUGCUGACACUCAAGGGCCUGACUCCCACAGGGAUGUUGCCUAGUGGAGUGUUGGCUGGAGGACGGCAGACCUUGCAAAGUGCCACAGUUGAGGCUAUUGAGGCUGAAAAAGCAAUACGAGGAUUCUCUCCACCACAUAGAAUCUGCAGUUUUGAAGAGGCAAAGGGUUUGGAUAGGAUCAAUGAGAGAAUGCCACCCCGGAAAGAUGCUGUGCAGCAAGAUGGUUUCAAUUCCCUGAACACCGCACAUACCACUGAGAACCACGGGACUGGCAACCAUAGUGCCCAGUGACCAGCGGCUUCCCAGGGAUGGACAGAUCACUAAGGAGCCGGAGGGGUCGGCCGAGCUGAUGAUAAAUGUCAUAAUCUCUCUGAAGAAACAAACCAUUGUGCUUUUCGAGACCCUUGCCCCCUCCGAAUGGAGGCUUGAGGGCCUUGGGACUUGUGCUGUCCAUAAGACUGGGGAAUCGCUGCCACAGCGGAGAGCAGUGAGCAAGGGGCUUGGGGCAAUUUCCAGUGGAGGAAGCCCAAACCUCCAUUUAUGCUUGUGGUUCACACAUUUACGUUUACAAAUGAGAUUUCCUUUGUUUUCUCCCUCAGUAGAAUUAGAUUUUUUUCAACCAUGACUUUAAAUGCAAUCUUUAGAGUUAACGUGGAACCUCCCUCACCCCCAACCCAUGAAAUGUCUUUAAAAGGAUGGAUUAGCAUGGUCUUAAAAUAUAUUUCUGAGGUUACUAGAUGUAUUUUGAAUUGUAGACAAAAUCUGAGAAACCCAGUUGGUGUUUAUAUAAAAACGCUGACCUCAGGUCAUAGUUCUUAAAUGUGGCUAAUUCUGUAACAUAGUCUUGGUAUUUUUCAAUUAUGAAUGCAUAAACUAUUUCUAAGAAGACUCUUACUUGAACAAGAUCCAAAAAACCAAUUUAGAUUCUUUUUUGCCCAUAUCUUUUGAGAUUUUCACCCCAGAGAUUUAAGGGAAAAAAAAACAACCUAAAUUUUAAAAUUAUGAAGAAUUACAGAAUUACUCAUUUAAGGUACUUUAAAAGAAGUUUGUACAUUGUCAAAGUAAAUUUUAAUUCAAAUCAUUGUCUGUAAAACUUGACGUAUUUUGUGUAUGCAUGUUUUCAUUUUGCAAAUAUUUAAUAUAUAGACCUAUGAUGUACAGGUACAACAUGUAUAGGUUGCGUGGAUAUUAUGAGAAAUUUUAGUUUCUUGUGAGUACUCCAGUUGCUUAAAAACCACCAGGGGGAUUUGCUGCUGGCGUUCUAACAUUUUUAUGUUUAAAUGCAAAGGAAAUUUAAAGUGUCUGGACAUGUUUCUGACUAAGUAAUGCAGCCUAGAAGCAAUGGUUCUCUUCAGCCCUUCAGAUGUUAGUGGAAGCAUAAAAGUCAAGACUGCAUGUCGAAAUUUUACUUUUGAUAGUUACAGAACUGCUUGGUUAAAUUAAAUGGAGCCAUGUGCUAAUUUUACAGUUACUGACCUGUACUGAUUGCCACUGUAGUUUGGUGAUCCCUUUACUUUGGUGGCUUGCUUCCCUUAUGCCCUGGACUACAGCUCAUAGCAUCAGGCAGCGGAGCCAUCUGCUGUUUUGUUUGCCAGGAAGUGCACCCUGUAUGGUCUUCUGUCUAAGUUGGAAAUAUUAUGCAUGUGCAGGACUAUUCAAGUAUUUUAUAAACAGUAGCACACAAUAAAUUCCAUGCAUGGGCCGCUGCUCCUA